UUUGCUGCUACAAAUACUACAAUACUUAAAACAUGGAACAUUUUGCCAAAGAAAAUGGAAGAAGAAGGAAUUUACUAUUUUGCACUUUGUGGUUAAGUAUGGCACUUCUCUCAACAAAUUUUAGCAAAAACUGUUUUAAAAUACUGGAAGAUGCAUUUUUGAAGUUGAGUGCCACCUAUACUUCACCUCAAAUUCGAGAUAGACAUGUUUUGAACCCUAAACCCAGGCUGAGAAAUCCAACUUGGUUCAUCAGAAAACAGAGAGCAGAAACAGAUGAGAAACUGACUCCAGAGAAUGAAGGCUUCAUCAAGGAAGUUGUUCAGGACAAAUACAAUCAAACACAACCAGUAGAAGCUAUAUCAAAUGUUGAGUGGACCCCAAACCUACAGAGGACUGGAUUGAUAGCAAGAAAAAUUGGAAUUUAUCCAUUGUGGAAGAAAGAUGGAAAAAAAAUCCAAACUACACUCCUUCAAGUUUUAGAUAAUCAUGUUAUAAGGUACUAUCCUCCUGAAGAGUAUAAUCCUCCAAGAAAAAGGCCUGGCCGAAUUUAUAACAAGAAGGCUUGUCUGCUCAUGGGUGCUGAGGCAGCAGAUCCUUCAACUUUCACUAAAGAAUAUUGUGGUAUUUUCAAACAAUCUGGUGUGAUUCCUAAGAAAACCUUGGGAAGGUUUUUUGUCAGCCCUAAUGCAGCUUUGCCUCUAGGUACUCUUGUAAAUGCUAUGCAUUUCCAAGUGGGAAAUGCUGUUGAUGUCAGGGGAAAAACGACUGAUCGGGGUUUUCAAGGAGUAAUGAAACGGCAUGGAUUCAAAGGUAUGCCGGCUUCACAUGGUGUCACAAAAACUCACCGAAGAGGCGGAAAUAUAGGUGGUGGUGGUGAAAAAGGAAGAGUCUGGCCUGGUACAAAAAUGCCUGGUCACAUGGGCAAUAGAUACAGAGUGGCCAAAGGACUGAAAAUAUUACGAAUCAACACUUCUCAUAAUGUUCUCUAUGUGUCAGGUCAAGCUAUUCCUGGAGAGACCAAUUCCAUCGUUUACAUUUAUGAUACAAAAUUACCAUUACGUAAACCUGUGAAUCCUCUACCUUUGCCAACCUAUUUGGGUGAUGUAGAUGAGAAUGUUCCCGAGAACAUCUAUGAUGAAAGUAUACAUAGUUUUUCUGAUCCCACUGUCGUUUAUGAUGAGAGCAAGUGAAUAUAAAGUGAAUUGUUUUAGAUCAA